AUGGCUAGGUGGCCAGAUAUUUCGCUCUUUGGCUCGGGAUAUAGGCUCGGGACUAUUUGUGGUGACACGGCUAAACGUACCAAGAAGGUCGGGAUCGUCGGUAAAUACGGGACCCGCUAUGGUGCCUCCCUCCGGAAAAUGGUGAAGAAGAUUGAAAUCAGCCAGCACGCCAAGUACACUUGCUCCUUCUGUGGCAAAACCAAGAUGAAGAGACAAGCUGUGGGGAUCUGGCACUGUGGUUCCUGCAUGAAAACAGUAGCUGGUGGUGCCUGGACCUACAACACCACUUCUGCUGUUACAGUAAAGUCUGUGAUUAGAAGACUGAAGGAACUGAAAGACCAAUAGAAGCUGUACCUUUUCAGACAACACAAGCCACUAAUAAAUGGGUUAAUUUAUGUAA